UGGGACUUACUUGAGUUAUUUGUAAACAAUGGCAACAAACUUCAAUGUCGGGAUCCUGGGGCACGUGGAUAGCGGCAAAACCACAUUGGCGCGUGCGUUGAGCUCCAUAUCCAGCACGGCGGCCUUUGACAAGAAUCCGCAGUCCGUGGAACGUGGAAUAACACUCGAUUUGGGCUUUAGUGCACUUGUCUUGGAAUCCUCCGCUGGCCCGAACGAUGGGCAACAAAUGCAGUUCACAUUCGUGGACUGUCCAGGACAUGCAUCCCUUAUACGCACCAUCAUUGGAGGCGCACAGAUCAUCGACCUGAUGCUGCUCGUGGUGGACGCACAGAAGGGCCUGCAAACGCAGACGGCGGAGUGUCUGGUCAUUGGCGAGCUGCUCGACAAGAAGCUGCUGGUGGUCAUUAACAAAAUCGACGCACUGCCGCCGGAACAGCGCGCAGCCAAGCUGGAGAAGCUGCAGAGCAGGCUGCGCAAGACGCUGGCGGGCACAAGCUUCGGCGACCAGGUGCCCAUCUACAGCGUGUCCGCGCUGGCGGGCACAAACAUCGCGGAGCUGCGUGCCGGUCUGAGCGCCGUCCACCAGAUGCCGCAGCGCCAAGUGGAUGCACCGCUGCUCAUGUAUGUGGACCAUUGCUUUGCCAUCCGGGGCCAGGGCACCGUCUGCACGGGCACGCUGCUCCAGGGACGCGUUGCCGUCAACGAGAAUGUGGAGCUGCCGCUGCUGGGCGAACGGCGCAAGGUCAAGUCCAUUCAGAUGUUCCGACAGCCGGUGCAGAGCGCCCGUGCUGGCGAUCGCAUUGGGCUCUGUGUGACCCAAUUCAAUGCCAAGCUAAUGGAACGCGGCAUCGUUGCCCAGCCGGGCUAUCUGAGAUCCGUUUACGCCGUGUGCGUGCGAGUCCAGCCAAUACGCUACUACAAGCAGGCGAUCCGCUCGAGGAGCAAGCUGCACAUCAGCGUGGGCCACGACACGGUCAUGGCCAGCCUCACGCUGUUCCGGGACGAGGCCGCCCGCCCGGACUUUGACUGCAGCAGGGAAUACGCGUACGUGGAACAGCUGUUGCCGGCGGAGUCAAGCUCCAGCGAAUGUUGCUUUGCGCUGCUGCAGUUCGAGACGCCCGUGCUGAGCAUAUUGGGCGGCACGCUGAUUGCCUCCAAGCUGGACAUGGAUGUGCACAGCAGCAGCUGCCGCCUGGCGUUCUGGGGCCGCAUCGCCUGGCAGACGCACAGCGUCAACUACCAGAGCGAGGAGCUGCCCCGGCUGCGCAUAUACAAGCGCAAGGAGAAGCAGGGCCAGGUGCAGCGCGUGGUCAGCAACAGCGAGAUCAUCGUACAGAAUCUCUUCAAGAAGGAGGCCAAUCGCGACAUGUACGUGGGCAAGCGGGUGCAGCUCUCCUCGGGCGAAACGGGCUGCAUUGAGCGCACUUUUGGGCAGACUUCCAAGGUGUGCAUUGUGUUCCGUGAUGGCAUAUCGAGUGAAACGCUGGAGCGGCUCAAGUCGGAGCAGGCCAAGGAGGUGCGCGUGUUGUUGAAUUGCAAGAAAUAUAUAUUUAAUAAACAGGCGGGACUGUUUCAAUAAGAA